GUAAAAUCCUGAAAAAUUGAUUUUGAUUAAAAAUGAGGGGUGUCCAAUAGUUACAGAGUAGAUGAAAACAAGUACAUUAUCACCGAAUAGAAGGCAAAUCUUUUAACUUUAACGGAUUUCUAACAUUAAGUAAAAUGGCUAUGUAUAAACGUUUCCGUGUUUAUGAAAAAUCGGAUCCUCCCAGUCCCCAUAGUGUUCUCCUAGAACGUAAAGGAGAAGAAAAUACGCUGUUAUUUGAAUCCCAAGCAGUGGCAGUACUCUCUGUCCAAGAAACAGAAGCUGUAAAAAAGCAGUAUACAAAAAUCAUAGAUGCUUAUGGCUGUUUAGGUGUUCUCCAGCUAAAUGCUAGUGAUACUACUACACUUUACUUGGUUAUGAUAGUAGGAUGUUUUUCUGUGGGAAAAAUGGGAGAUUCUGAGAUAUUUCGUAUAACCCAAACCCAGUUUGUACCUUUACAUUACUCACAGAAUGAAGAUAGGGUUGCAGAAGUAAGAAAACUGCUUAAUUCUGGUACAUUCUACUUUUCACAUCCAUGUGCUCCAGGAGGUACUCCUCUAGAUCUAACUUUGUGUGCACAGAGAAGAAGUAAAACCUCUAAUACAGACCACAGGUUCUUCUGGAAUCGUAUGUUACAUGUACAUUUAGUGAGAUUUGGUGUAGACUGUAAUAGUUGGCUAGUCAAAGCAAUGUGUGGCUCAGUUGAAAUGAGAACCGUAUAUGUAGGUACUAAGAUUGCACUGGCUGCUAUCAUUUCUAGAUUAAGCUGUGAAAGAGCCGGAACAAGAUUUAAUGUUAGGGGUACGAAUGAUGAGGGACAUGUAGCUAAUUUUGUUGAGACUGAACAGGUGAUAUUUUUGGAUAAUGAAAUUUCAUCGUAUAUUCAAACAAGAGGCUCUGUUCCUUUAUUUUGGGAACAACCGGGAGUACAGGUCGGCUCUCAUAAAGUAAGAAUUUCUAGGGGAUAUGAGACUUCCAAAGCUGCAUUUAACAGGCACAUGACUACUAUAAAAGCUCGAUAUGGAAAACAGAUCAUUGUAAAUUUAUUAGGAACUAGUUUAAUAGGUAGUAAAGAAGGAGAGGCUAAUCUGAGUCAGGAAUUCCAGAAACACCACAAAGAAUCAAUACAUAGUGAUGUGCCGCACAUAGUAUUCGAUUAUCACCAGGAGUGUCGUGGAGGAAAUCAGGCAAACCUACAGAAACUGAAAAGUAAGCUUGAACAGCAGUUAAAUGAGUUUGGUUUUUACCAUGCAAAUAGAAGUACAGUUCAUAGUUUGCAAAAGGGCACUAUCCGUACAAAUUGCUUGGACUGUUUGGACAGGACAAAUUGUGUCCAGACAUUUAUUGGCCUAGAGAUACUAUCUUGGCAAUUAAAAAGUAUGCAGAUGUUAGAAAAAAAGAGUAGGCUAGAAGAAGUUUUCAAGCAAAUGUGGAUAAAUAACGGCAACGAAAUUAGUAAAAUAUAUGCAGGCACGGGUGCAAUCCAAGGAGGAUCAAAAUUAAUGGAUGGCGCGAGGUCAGCUGCUAGGACUAUUCAAAACAAUCUAUUAGAUAAUUCUAAGCAAGAAGCUAUCGAUAUUCUUUUAGUAGGUUCUACUUUAUCUUCAGAAUUGGCAGAUCGAGCUAGAAAUCUCUUGCCUUAUAAUACUCUUCACGCUCCUAAUCAUGUACUGCGAGAAAUGUGUAAACGCUAUACUGAGUAUACCGAAGCUAUACCUAUUCGCGUAGGUGCAGGGACAUACAAUGUAAAUGGAGGAAAACAUUUUCGUAGUGUAGUUUUUAAAGACAUUCAGCUCUCGGACUGGUUGUUAGAUCCACAUACCAAAUGUCAAGGUAGCCUGGUUGACAUUGGAUAUACAGACGCACACAAAUCCAUUCCAGUAGACAUUUACGCUAUAGGUUUUGAGGAAAUAGUAGAUUUAAAUGCUGCUAACAUCGUUAACUCUAGUUCGGAAAACGCUAAAGCUUGGGCUGCAGAGUUACAAAAAGUACUAUCUAGAGAUAGGCCUUAUGUUUUGCUGACUUAUCAGCAGCUUGUCGGUGUAUGCUUAUAUAUUUUUGUAAGACCUGAACAUGUACCUUAUAUCCGAGAUGUUGCUGUAGAUUCUGUAAAAACUGGGCUAGGAGGACACACUGGCAAUAAAGGUGCCGCAGCAAUAAGAAUGGUUUUCUAUGCCACAUCCAUGGCAUUUGUAUGUGCUCAUUUUGCAGCAGGUCAAUCUCAAGUAAAUGAAAGAAAUGCAGAUUAUAACGAAAUAACUAGGAAAAUAACGUUCCCGAUGAAUAGAUCUUUAAACAGCCACGAAUAUUUGUUUUGGUGCGGCGAUUUUAACUACCGAGUAGACAUGGAUAAAGAGGAACUCAAAGAGCUGGUUAGACAAGGAGAUUUCGACACAGUACUAGAUAAUGACCAGCUGAAGAAGCAGCAGGCAGAUGGCAACGUAUUUAAGAACUUUAUUGAAGGAGAUAUUAAUUUUGCUCCAACAUACAAGUAUGACCUGUUUAGCGAUGAUUACGAUACAAGCGAGAAAUGUAGGGCUCCUGCCUGGACUGAUAGAGUUCUCUGGAAGAGGAGAGCUCUUAACCCUGAUAUGAAUGGAGCAGCGCAGGAGUCACCUGGUUCAUUAGUUUAUUACGGUAGAGCUGAACUUAAACAGAGCGAUCAUAGACCUGUAAUUGCGAUAGUUGAUAUUGAGGUUAGGAAUAUUAACGAGCAAAUGCGACAGAAGGUAUUUUAUGAGGUCAUUGCUGAUAUGGGCCCUCCGGAUUCUACAAUAAUUGUAAAUUUCGAGGAUUCUUCUCAAAACGGCGGCUUUAUUGGGUUUGAUUCAACUAUGAUGACAGUUCUAUUAGAGGAGUUUUCGCAGUUAGGAGAAAUUAUUUUGGUUAGAUUCGUGUCAGAUACUAUGUGGAUCACAUUCAGAGAUGGGCAAGUUGUUUUAGAAGCCUUAAAGAAAACAAAGGGUGAACUAAAUGUAAAUGGCAUUGACUUUACUCUUUCAUUGAAAACACCAAACUGGGUUGAUCUGGCAAAAGAAGAAAUAGAUCUGUGUACAAGUAAUACCAUUCCAUUAUACACUUCACCAAGCCAAUCUGAUUAUAACUGUUUAGGCAUUCCAGAAGUGAAUAAAGUACCUCGCACAGUUCCACCAAGUAGACCUCCUCCACCAGUAGUAAAAUCAACACCAUCAUCGCCAAGACGAGCACCUCCAAAAGCGGGAGUCAUCCAUAUGCCGGUUAAACCUCCGGCUAUGAUUUCUCCGACUAAUAAUACAAAUAAUUCUGCGUCUUCUGCUCCACCAUUGCCAAAUCCUCCUAUGUCAAAUGUUCCAGCUCCACCUCCAUCGCUUUGUUCAGCUCCGCCGCAAAUGCCACCACCAGAUUUACCAAGUCAGAUGUCUCAAGAAGAGGGCGUUUACGAAGAGAUCAGCGACGAUGUGAUAAGUACUCCAGAACCAUUAGGUCCUCCACCACCACCACCAAGACCGGAAUCGGGUGCGGUACCUCCUACUCCUUCACGAGGACCACCUCCGGUACCGGCACGAUCAGCUCCUCCCCCGCCGCUUCCUGCCAGGCCAAGACAAUAGAUCAAGCUAGUAUAAAUUGUAUUGUUUUUUCUUGGUUUAGUAUUUGAUAACAAACUGAUGUAUGGUAAGUAGCAGUUACCUUUUGACCUGAAGGUGGCACUGCAAAUCGAGAUAGGUCGACAGUUAGUCAGCUAGAACAACUCCACGAAUGAGCACGGCAGCACUGUACUUCUUUAUGUAGGUCUACUAAUGCACGGCAAAGUAGAUUGUGCGAAUAAAUUAUCACCAUGUGCGCUAAUCACCUGGCGAGAUCUCAGUAUUGCUUAGGUAUGUUUUUAUUGCCUUGUCUCGAGAAAAAAUUAGAUUUUGAGUAAAUUAGAAGACUAACGAAAUACUGAGAUAUGAUAUAAAAGUAUAUAAAGUAAAGCAGUUUUGCAAAGAAAAUACAUUUAGAUGGAUAAACAGUAUUAGAAUUGUAAAAUAUUUUAGAGUCGUUGAUAUUAGAUCAAAUUAUAAAUUUAAAUAGUCUAUGUAUGUUUUAAUUUUAUCAUCAUCUCACGUGGAGAUCAUUAUAUUAAAAACAAAUGUCAUUAAUGUUGUUAUUAGACAUUCUUUAUUUAACAAAAGUUUUUAUUUUCUG